AUGCUGUUUUUGAUUGUGAUAGAGGUGCUUAGUAGGAUGUUGAGAAGAGUGGAGGGAGCUGGCUUGAUUCGCGGUUUUAAAGUUGAGAGUAGGAGGGGUGGUGGGGAAAGUGUUUCUCAUCUAUUGUUUGCAGAUGAUACUAUCAUUUUUUGUGAUGCAGAUGUGGAGCAAAUUCUCCAUAUUCGGUUGUUGUUACUUAGCUUUCAGGCGGUUACUGGUUUGAAGGUCAAUGUACACAAGAGUGAAAUGGUUCCAAUAGGGGAGGUUGAUGAUGUGCAAGCCCUAGCGGAUAUUUUGGGAUGUAGAGUUGGGACCUUGCCUAUGUCUUAUCUUGGCAUGCCGUUGGGGGCGUCGCAUAAUUCCCCUUCAAUUUGGAAUCCCAUUCUGGAAAAAAUUGAGCGGAAAUUAGCCAGGUGGAAGAAGUUGUAUUUGUCUAAAGGGGGGUCGAUUGAUGUUACUCAAGAGGAUUUUCUAUGGGGUGACAGAAAAUAUCAUCUGGUAGGAUGGGAUAAAGUUUGCGCUCCUAUUGCAAACGGUGGCUUGGGGAUAAGAAAAAUUACUACUUUCAAUAAGGCCCUAUUGGGGAAAUGGCUGCGGCGGUUUGGGAAGGAAGAGGAUCGGUUAUGGAGGAGGGUGAUAGUUUCAAAAUAUGGGGAAGAUUGGGGGGGAUGGACCUCAAAGCUAGGUAGGGGUGCUCAUAGGUAUGGUUUGUGGAGAGGUAUUCGUAUGGGUUGGGAGGAUUUUAGCAAAAAUUGUCAGUUUGUUGUCGGGUUGGGGAAUAGAGUGAGAUUUUGGCAGGAUGGGUGGUAUAGGGAUCAACCCUUCCAAUUGGCUUUUCCAAGGUUGUAUGGUAUUGCCCUUGAUAAGGAGGCAUCUGUAGAAGCUUCUCUGUUGAGGCAGGGGGCGGAGGAUAGGAGAAUUUGGGAUGUUCGUCUCAUUCGAGAUCUUAAUGAGUGGGAGAUGGAUGAAGGGCUGCAUUUUCUUCGUAUGUUGGGAGCUAAUACCCCUCCUCUGGAUGUUGGAGAUCGGAUGAGAUGGAAGUUGAAACCCAAUGGGAGUUUGACACCCGGUCGUAUUAUAACAAAUUGUGGGAUCCCCCUUCAAUUGUCUUUCCUUGGAAAGGUAUUUGGAGAGUAA